GAAUUUAACCCGUUUUCUCGUUUUCUAUAAAUAAACAUCAUGGCUCGCAGUUGAUGAUCACGCGCUUUACUGUUCUUUCUUCUUACUUUCCGCAAGAUUGUUCUGUUCUUUAAACGAUUCCAAGAUGAGUGAAGAGGUCAAAGAGAAUCAGUCUGGGAAGCUUCAGAAGCCAACUCCACGUUUAAACGAGAGGAUCCUCUCAUCUUUAUCUAAGAGAUCGGUUGCUGCUCAUCCAUGGCAUGAUCUUGAAAUCGGACCUGGAGCUCCAGUGAUUUUCAAUGUGGUUGUUGAGAUCUCAAAAGGUAGCAAGGUCAAAUAUGAACUUGACAAAAAGACAGGACUAAUCAAGGUUGAUCGGAUCCUUUAUUCAUCGGUUGUGUAUCCUCAUAACUACGGUUUUAUUCCCCGCACAUUAUGCGAAGACAAUGAUCCGUUGGAUGUGCUAGUCAUCAUGCAGGAGCCUGUACUUCCAGGUUGUUUUCUGCGCGCCCGAGCUAUUGGAUUAAUGCCCAUGAUUGAUCAGGGCGAAAAAGAUGACAAGAUCAUUGCGGUAUGUGUUGAUGAUCCUGAGUAUAAGCAUUACACUGACAUCAAAGAACUUCCUCCUCAUCGUCUUACUGAAAUCCGGCGAUUCUUUGAAGAUUACAAGAAGAAUGAAAACAAGGAAGUUGCUGUAAAUGAUUUUCUACCGAAUGGUCCUGCUGUUGAAGCUAUACAGUACUCAAUGGACCUUUACGCUGAGUACAUUCUUCACACCCUGAGAAGAUAAGAAAAGGACUAUUCCUGCCAACAAAAAAGCAAGAAUUUGUCUGAUAUUUGAAAUUUGAAUAAAGCAGUGUUCAUGAAACUGUUCUGAUAUUUUGUCUUUAAAGCUUCUUUGUUGUUGUUUUCUUCUGGGGAUCUUUUGUCUGAAGAUUAAUCCCAAUUGAGUUUUUUUUUUCUCUUAUUUGUAUUGGAUCUUUUUUAUCCCUUUAAAGUUUCGAUUUCGUUCCAACAAAA